GGUGGCAAAGCAAUGCUGAUUUUUCUCUGAUUUAUUCUCUUAGGUGCAUUGUUUCAUCUCUGGAUUUUUCUUUCUGCAUUUGGUUAUCCAUCUUGAAAAAGAAAAGGGAUAUCUGCUAUCUGCUAAUCAGAGGUUAAAAGUUGUACAGACCAGGCCCUGAAGAAAAUGCCACGGUCAUUUCUUGUAAGAAGCAAAAGAAGUGCAGGCUACCAGGGAAAGAGAUAUCCAGAGGAGGACAAUGCCAACUGUACCAUACCUCUUGUAUGUAACGGGGCAGCUUUUGCUGAACAUGUUUUUAGAAGACCCACUGCAGAAACACAGUCUGUUUUUCAUCAGCAGCUUACUGAUGGUGCAUCAACUCUGGACACCUCUAAAGUAAAGGAAAACUCCAGUGGUUCAGAAAUCGCUUUGUGGCGAUCCUGUGAGCCUAUGAUCAGUGUGAAAGAUUAUAAUACCACUUCCUCAGCCCUGCAUAGCAAGGAGGACAAACUGUGUUCAAGUAAAUCUGAACUGGAGGGCAUUUGGCGGCCUUUACAAUCAGCAGAUGCAAAAAGUUCUCUUGGUGUAUCCUUUAGACCUUAUUCACGGACUCGUUACAAUUCUGAAUUCAAAAAUCUUGUUCACAGUUUCUUCCCACCCCUGACCAGCGAAUGGCUGGAGGUCCCAAAGGCUGAAAUGGAUAAGAUGAAAAAGGGCUGCACAAAUCUUCUUGACUCACAUGUGCCAUUCUACAGGACGCCUAACAAAUGUGUUCGGUGUGACAAGGAGCGUAAUUUUAACUGCAAAAUCUGUGGGAAAACUUUCAAGCGUUCCUCAACACUCUCCACACAUUUGUUGAUUCACUCAGACACAAGGCCCUACCCAUGCCAGUACUGCGGGAAACGAUUUCACCAGAAAUCAGACAUGAAAAAGCAUACGUUCAUACACACAGGGGAGAAGCCUCAUAAAUGCCAAGUAUGUGGGAAGGCCUUCAGCCAGAGCUCCAACCUCAUAACACACAGCCAUAAGCACACUGGUUAUAAACCCUUUACCUGUGCAAUUUGUAACAAGGGCUUUCAGCGUAAGGUAGACCUUCGUCGACACCAAGAGACACAUAGUGCUUUUAAACUGACCAAUAGUGAUUAAUCUAUAUAUACUUCGUGUGGAAUCACAGAACUGCAUUUCAUCGUGGAAAUAUUUUAUUUAUUCAUGAAACAGUUGUUGAGAUGAUCACCGUGAAGCGGAUCCUGACCUGUACCAUUCAUAACAGAGAAUUACGACUAAGAGAGAAUGCAUGAACAAUAACUAUCUUCAUAAAAAUUAACCAAAAUUAAGGACAACUCCUUCUCACCACUCUUUCUGUACAUGAUACUAGAUGUAACAGAUCCUAGAUGGAACAUAUAUCGCAGAAGCAUAUCUCACAACCUUCUGUAUCUAAACAUUAUGUUCAGUACAUCAACUGGUGUUAGGGAUGGCUUGUAAUAAACAAAAAUGAGCUAAUAAAGAAAACAAAAUUACUAAUGAUGCUACAUUUGAAUGGACUAAAAAUAAUUGUUAAACCAUUUUUGAGGUAACGCAACCUCUUUCAAUUUGAUUUCAGCUUUUCUAGAAAAACAGACGUGAUGCAAAAGUCUUUUAAGAGAAAUUUCCUUAUGAAUCAGAAAUGCAUUCCAAGUACUGAGCGACUAAAUUUUAAUUUUUGUUUUUAAUGU